AUGACAAGGCCGAGAUACCCCGUCCGAAACCAUCUCACAAUGGCGUCUCGCUUGGUACGAAGCGCUGUCGGCGCUCCCCUCCUCCGAUCCUCCAUCUCCCGCCGAGCGGCCCCUGCGAUCUCUGCUGCUGCCGUCCGAUACUCCAGCAACGUCCCCGCCGAGGAGCCCAAGAAGAAGGCCCAGAGCAUCAUCGAUGCCCUCCCCGGCAACAACCUGAUCAGCAAGUCCGCCUUCCUCAGCGGUGCCGCCGGUCUCAGCGUCUACGCCCUCAGCAAUGAGUACUACGUCAUGAACGAGGAGACUGUCGUUGCGGUCUGCCUGCUGGCCGUCUGGACUGGUCUGCUUAAGUACGGCGGCCCUGCCUACAAGGAGUGGGCCGAGGCUCAGAACGAGAAGAUCAAGAACAUCCUCAACAGCGCCCGCGCUGACCACACCGAGGCCGUCAAGACCCGCAUUGAGGACGUCAAGCAGAUGAGCGGCGUUGUUGACAUUACCAAGGCCCUCUUCGAGGUCUCCAAGGAGACUGCCAAGCUUGAGGCUGAGGCUUUCGAGCUCGAGCAGAAGACUGCCCUGGCUGCCGAGGCCAAGACUGUUCUUGACUCCUGGGUCCGCUACGAGGGCCAGGUUAAGCAGCGACAGCAGAAGGAGCUGGCUGCUUCCAUCAUCGCCAAGGUCCAGAAGGAGCUCGAGAACCCCAAGGUCCUGCAGCAGAUUCUGCAGCAGAGCGUCGCCGACGUUGAGAAGAUUGUUUCUUCCGCCAAAUAG